GACUUGUCCGUUGACAACGGUCGCGUCUCUCACUCACGGUGUUGCACGUUCAGCUGAACGUUCUCCUCCUUGUGGUCACUUCACUCGUCUCACAACUUUGUUGUGUCUUUCCUGCUUCACCCACCUUCCUGCCGAUUCGUGUUCCCUCUACCUGCGUUGCUCUGUGUGUGUCGGAGUUGCACUAAAAUUGCAUCCAUCCUCUCUCUUUCCUGAAAAUUCUCCAGCUUUGAACCACGUUGAAAUGCUUGUAGAAAAUGAGUUGUCUAGAGACGUCGAUCAUGUUGAAUUGUGAUGAAGCAGGAUUUGGUAGUCGAGAGUGCACGGUGUUUUUUUGAGGUUCUGAAUCGAUAGCUCCUGAAGCUGUCGUGGAUUAGAAUUCUCUGCCCGAGGGCGAUUGGCGGGGAGCAUGAGAGCACGGGACAUCGGGGGCGAACGGACCAUUGCACUUCUAUUUUCUUCGUGGGAAUUGGGUAGAGUUGUUCGGUGUUCUCUAGCUUGAGAGAGUGAGGCUCGCGGAUUACAAGCCUGCAGGUGGGGAUUUCCAUUCUCAGUGCGGCAUGGAGCCCAUGAAGCUGAAAAUGAAAGGGCCCUCCGAGUCAGGGAACGAGGAGAUCACUCCUCAGAGACCUGCUACGCUGGAAUCUCCCGUAGGAUCACCAGUGCAGGAGCAUAGAGGGAUCAAACGCAGUCGUCGUGAGCGAGGAGGGUCUUCCGCCAAGGAGAGGAUAAGCAAAAUGCCAGCAUGUGUCCCCGGAAAGCGCAGCUCGAUUUACAGAGGUGUGACCCGGCAUCGUUGGACGGGACGUUACGAGGCGCACUUGUGGGAUAAGAGCACCUGGAAUGAGGCUCAGAAUAAGAAAGGUAAGCAAGUUUACUUGGGAGCUUAUGACGACGAGGAAGCAGCUGCCAGAGCCUAUGACCUAGCAGCUCUCAAGUACUGGGGCCCGGGAACCUUGAUCAAUUUCCCCGUCACAGACUAUGCUCGGGAUGUCGAGGAAAUGCAGUCGAUAUCAAGAGAAGACUAUUUGGCAUCCCUGAGACGUAAAGGCAGUGGGUUCUUACGCGGUGGGAGCAAGUUCAAAGGGAUGACGCGCCACCCUUCGAUGGGGAAAUGGGAAGCCCGUCUUGGCCACAUACUUGGCCAUAAGUACUCAUACACGGGCAAUCCCAGCAGCAUAAUGUCGCAAGAAGAUGCCACUGCUUUUGACAUUCAAUCUUUGGAUUACAGAGGCUUCAGCGCCGGCACAAAUCUUGAUCUCACCAGGUACAUCACGUGGUUGCGUCCCGAGAAAGUUCAGACUGCUACCACUAGCUCGGGCCUUGGAGCAAGUGCUCCGGUUACUGCAGCAACAACCUUAAACCCAAAAGAAGAGGAGGAAGGAGGUGCAAGUCCUACCUCAUGGGAUGAUGGCCCUUCCCAGCCGGACGACCAGUCCCAGCCAGAGGGACAGCAAAGUCAUCAAGCCUGGCCGGGUCAAGCAAGCGAACCAUACCAGCUCCCUUCUCUAGGUGUCCUGCAUUCCAAUCCCCACAAGAAAAGCUCCUCUCCAUCAGCGCUAAGUCUCCUUUUGAGCUCCUCGAUUUUCAAGAGCAUGCGCGAACGCACCUCCAACUCGCUCGCGUUGGCUGCCGAGAUUGAUACCAAGUAUGAACCCGCGGCCGAAAUUGAAGGCCACUAUCAGUUUCUCCAAGCCCUGCACACAAGCCGCGCUUCACACGGUGAGACUAGCAAUGAGAUGUUUGGUACUCAUCUUCACUACGAGAUGGACAGCUUUCUCCCCAGCUAUGGAUCCUCUGACAGGCUCGGAGAACUAGAGGAAGCGGUGGCUGUUAGUGCGGCACACUCUCAAGGUCCAUCGUUCUCGCACAGCCCUACGGACUGGGAUCCAUUCACGCAACCCAUGACAACACAGCAGCUGACAUCGUGUUGAGGAUGCGAAACUCAUGUGCACCACUAGGAAAUUGGAGGCAAAAUGCUGCAAUCGUCUCAACACUUCACAGCAGUUGUCGGCAUGACCAGAUGAAGCACUGAAAAGAGAUGUGUUGCAGACCAUAUCAGACUCACCACUUGAAGCAGUGAAGGGUGCCAUGGACUUACUGCUCUGUUUUCCCUGCCUGCAAACAGAGAAGUAAUUAGAGCAGUCUCAUGAAGUGAUGAGUUCUAGUCUUCAACAAACUUGCAGCAGCAGUCGGAGUGUCCAAGCACUAAAUAAUGAAAGGGACUUUACGAGUUGCUUAGAAAUUCUGAUGGGACUCCAGCUAAGAAAUUAUGCAAGUAGCUCAGUGCCACCCACUUUUUCGGUGGGUGCAUUGUUGCUGUGUUUAUUCAAUCUUCCGAUCCUAAUAGUCGAGGGAGUUGCGUGAGGGUACCAAACGGGGAGAGGUAAACCAGGAUCAAUACAAUUCUUUAACGUGUGUUGUAGAUAGCUAGUAUUAGCUACUUGUAAGAUUAUUAACAUUCUUUGCAGUUCCAGAGUGGAAACUGGGUCUGACAAUUGAAAACAUACUUAACCCAUGCAAUAUGAUUCAAGUGUGGGCUGUAUUCUA